AUGCCUUCGAAAGUCAUCUCUAUGAAUGCAGGAGAAGUCAAUUUAUCCUUAGAUCAAGGACCAAGACCGUGGUUUGCCAACACCAUGCACAAACAGUUGGUGCUAAUGCUCUGUAAAGUAGCUGGACACAGUAUGAGCCAACCAAAUGGUCGCAAAAAUCAAGCCUCCUUCGAGCCGGAAUCGAACCAGCGACCUAAGGAUUCCCGCGGGCGGCGCCUCUACAGUCCUCCGCUCUACCAGCUGAGCUAUCGAAGGGAACUGGCAGCUGUUGCCGUUCCGCCCCUCACAGCUUGGCGGGCUCGGCGAAACGCGGCCUGCAAGUCUUCAUUUCUUCAUGAUGGUUUUGCAUCUUCACCACAGGUGGUAGCGGUGUCUGACUGUCGGCCCCACCAGCCAGACAAGCUGCAGCCUCACCACAGCGACCUCUUCCAGGUGCUCUACAGAGAAGAAGAGGUGCACAGCUUGGGCCACGUGCGGGGUGGGCAGCAGGGACCCUGCAGCCCCAAGCGUGUGGGAAUAACUGAACGAGAAACAUCCAAACCUUGUAAUCACCAGUCAAAUGGAAAACCUUUGCAGCCUCCAUCAUCGCUAGCCCUCCCCAUCACAGCGAAGCCAGCUCUCACAGGAUCAACCAUGGAUGACCACCCACUUGCAGAAGACCGUAGGCAGCGCUUGAGGAAGAUGGCAGAGUAUGACCUGAACAUGACACCAGGAGCAGAAGCUUCUCUGCCACUGACAGGAGGCAGCCUGUAUGGGACGCCCAGCUUGCUGAGGAAGAUGUGGAUGAAGCACAAGAAGAAGUCAGAGUACCUGGGGGCAACAAACAGUGCCUUUGAGGCAGACUGAUAAGUCUCAACAUCACUCAAAAAGACAAAAGUUCCUUUAGCUAGGAUGAGGUGCUCAGCAUUGAUGAAGGAACAGACACAGCACAGCUCCCCACAAAAGAGAUAUCCUUUUCAUUACUUGAUGCCAUUGCCUCAGAAUGGUAGGAGAAAAGCUAAUUAAGGUAAAAAUGGUGAGUAUGAUGCAACGUCUCAGCCUUUCUUUGUUGUAACACACUAGAAUCCCAAAUAUCCCACCAGAUUCACAUCUCAACUCAGCGAUGCUGAAACUAUUGCUGACCUAUUGUAUGCAUCCUGUCUGAAGCGUCUCAGACACACAAGAGAGGCCAACCAAGAUGUUUGUGUGCUUCUGUAAGGUUGCAGUUCUCUUUUCGUUAUUGAGUGCCAUUAAGUGCCAGGGCUUUGCUCAUUGUGUACCACUUUUGUCCUCCUUGCCCCUCACAUAUCCUCUCUUUAGAGAUAUGAGAUAAAAAACACAUGAUAUGCUUGGAUCAACGACAUAUGCUAAACAUAUUUUUCCUUCAGUUUUGAUGUUUCAAGAAGUAAAAGAUGGAAAAAAUUUAAAAGAAUGGGUGAGUCAGAACUGAGUAAGUUUGCAUUUACCAAACUUAUCUACGUGGCCAGAGAUUGGUGUUUUAGUGCCCUACCUACUAUGAGAACUGAAUAACCUCAACAAAUACAUUCUUCCAUAGAACACAUAUACUAAAUCAGCAACUUACUGUCUGUGUGGUACAGAGUAUUUCUAAAAGUGCACAAAUGAUAGUAAAAAAUACAUAAAUGAUGCAACUAGGCAACUACAUGUGAAAUACGAAAUAUUUGCUUAUAGGAGAUCUUUGUUUAUACAACUGGUGGAUUUAAUAGAAUUUCAACCCCAUCCUUUUUUUUUUUUUAGAGAUUGCUGUUGUUUUUUUUUUAUUUCAAAAGAAGACCAUAUAAAAAGAUUUCACCAGUACUACAGACAAUAUUAUAUUAGUCAGGAACAAUACUUGUCCCAUAUGAAGGCUCCCCUGCAUUUAUUGCACCGGAUUUUUGUUUGCCUAAGCCUAUAGACUUUAGCAGGGAUCCACAGCCAGGGGCCACCAAACCAGAGGUGCAGCCUGGGCAGGAAGGAAAGGCUGCAAAAGCAACCAGGUGCAUUGCCUUUAUUGUGUGUGGUGGGGAGAGGUGCACAGGAAAGGUUCACAGCUUGAUAACCUAAGAAAGCAAAGUCUGCGUGACAUGAAAGCAACUGCAGCAAUCUGGUACCCAGCUUGCUUUAGAGAGCACACAUCCCCUGCAGGCAUACACUGGAAAAGGCAUUGGGACAGGCUAGAAGGCCUUGUUUAAAAACAUACUAUGCCAGCUCCAGUCUCUCAGUCUGGAGGUUGCCAAGAGGAGUGAGGAAUUAGGCUUUCAUAAAAUACAUCAGCUGCCCAUCAGACAGCACCAUGGCUAGAAGUCACACCUCCUCUCCCCUUCUUCUUACCAAAGGCAGAAGUCCUGCUCUGGCCCAGCAGCCUGACAGAGACAGCCCAGAGAGAUGAGCUCCUCUCCUGCUUCCUUGCAUUCUCCUGGGAGCGGAGCAGCACGCAGCUCCUCUUUUAACUACACUUAUCCCAUCACAGGGGUUCACCACAGCUUUACCUUGGAGCCUGACCCACUGCCCCUGUGCAAUAGUCCGGAUUGUGUAACCCUGCCAACAUCAAGUCCUCCACAGCUGAACAGAGCUGCAGCCACCCCCAAGAUUUUCCUGAAAUGUCUUUCACAAAUAUCACCAACCAUGCUGCCCCCUCCCCUGCCCCCUGGAAUCCCGUCAGCAGCCUGUAGGCAGCUACUAUUUUUAAUGUGAACAGGUAAACUGAGUAAAUUCAGUGGGACUAUUCACUUGCACAGCACUAUAGACACUCAAGGAGUAAGGAAGAUGGUAAUAACUGGUCUCAUUUCCCAAGCAAAGCAAAAAUAAAAAGCAGUCAGAGGGAAGUGUCCAUUCGCUGUAUUUGGGAUAGUUAAGAUUGAGCAUUCGUGAUGCCUGCCCAUGUAGCUAACGUGACCUGAAGAGCAUAGUCCAGGGCAGCAAGAGUUUUGUCUGCUGAGAAUUGUAUCUUAGUAGUUCUUUCUGUUAAUUAAUAGCGUUAAGUAGUACAAUGAUGGAGAAGAAAUAAUUGAUAUUUCUACGUCACAGUUGCUGUAUCUUGACAUGUGUAUUUAUGGUUUCCUUAUUUAUUUAAUUUAUAACUUGGGUCUGCAAGUGGAGGAAAGAUUUUACAGGACAAAAUUUCUCUGUAUUGCAGGAACUGUGAAGAUUUCUUGCGUUGUAGUAGAUACUAUUUUAUUGAUUUAAAUAAAAUAUGUCCUGUUCGUACAAACAAACAAACAAACAAGCAAACAAAAACAACAAGUAAUGUGGUAACAUAUGUGUCUCAAUGAUUUUUGGGAAGGGUUUAGUUGGAAAUAAAGGCGAGUUUUGUGGUGCUGAGGAACACACACAACUCGUGGCAAAGAGUGCAAACUUUGUUCCCCCAAAGGAAGAGCCCAAAAGUGUGCAUUUGUAAACAGAUCCGGUAUUGUACUAGUGGAGAAGUCAUCAUUUUUUAUUAGAUACUUGGAGAACAGCCCUGGCACAGCCAAGAGUUAGAUGUUACAUGCAGAACUUCUUUAUGGUAAGGGUGAUGGAGCAUUGGAACAGAUUGCCCAAGGAGGUUGUGGAGU